AAACUGUAUAGUACAUAUCCACCUGCUUAGUUCACAUUCGAAUCUACUGUACAAUAACCAAGUACUUUGCUGUACAAAUUUGUCAAUACAUAUUUCUUUAUAUACACACUUUCCUCAAUAUAUAGCUUCUUAGCUUUUCAUACACACUUUGACAUGUCACGCACAGAUCGAGUGUCAGCGGCUUUAGGCCCCGCUUUAAUGCGAGGGGAUACCAUGUUAGCUGAGUCAUGCUUUGAUUGUGGUACGGUACUAAUGCGUACGCGCAAUACGAAUAUAGAAUACUGUGUGUUGUGUAUGCUCGAAGCAUCUGAGGCUAAAAAUGCUAACAGUGAAACUAAGGAACCUAGUUGUAGCCAUGAUGUUCAGGUGUCUCCUACCCCUGAGGUGGAGCGAGUGGAAAAUGAACGCGUUUCACCAGAUACAACAGAGUAUGAGACAAAGCAAAGUAAUGUAGUGUGUGAAGAUCCCGCUGAAAUAUUGCGGAAACGCCGGGCUAAACGGGAUGGUAUAUCCGAUUUAAUUGGAGAGAAGAUGCUACAAGGCUACGCCAUGUCCGGGUCCUACUGUGAUAAGUGCACCACUGUAUUGCUGUGUGAUAAAGAGAAGAACAUGUGCUGCUUCGGGUGUGCGUAUGAUAUGGCCAAGCGACCCCCGCGGAAGGCUGUACCUGAAGUCACACCCCAUGCCACUACUACAACAGACAACAAGACUAGAAACGCAACACCUCAUACGAACACAAGUGCAGAUACUUCUUCAAAUGCCCAAUCCCAUUCCAUCACACACGUGGACAAUACGUCUCCUACACAAAUAAAAGUAGCCAAGAUUGAAGCAGAGGAUACGAGCGAGAGGGCUGCUCAGUUAAUAGGAGAGGCGUUGUUAGCCGGCAAUGUGAUGCUACACAAGGCGUGUGACACCUGUGGUACAGUGCUACUGCGUGAUUCAUCCCGGGUGGAGUUCUGUGUGCUGUGUAAGGGAGAUAGAGACGCCACAAGUAGAGAGAAGGAAACGCAUGUGGUGGCAGUUGAAACAAACGAGGAAAGUAGGGUACAAAGAGCUGCAGAACCUACACCAG